GCCGGGGAGGGGGCACCGCGGAGCUCCCGGGCCCGGGAAGCCGGGUGGGGUCGGGCUUGGGCCCGGGCUGCGGGGCCUCCUGACUCAGCUGCGCGCUGAGAUUUCGGGGUUUUCCUCCCGGGCGGGGAGCACGGAACUUCCUCAUUCCCGCCCGGACCCCCUCUCCCAGCUGGCCUGGCGAGGCUUGAGCCCCGGAGGCUCCGGACCCCCGGCGACCGCCCGAGGCCCCUUGCCGUCUUCUGCUCUGCCCCAGUUUGGGGCCAUCCAAGCUGGGCCGGGUGUUCCUCCGUGCCCUGGUUACGAGACGGGAGGCAGGGCUGCGGGAUUGUGGAUGAAGGAUCGACAGGGGAUAGAGGAUAACGAUGAUGGCAACCCCUGAAAGCCUUUUCCCGUCUGGGGGCGACCUGGACUCCAGCCAGUUACAGAUGGAGCCUGAUGAGGUGGACACUCUUAAGGAGGGAGAGGACCCAGCUGAUCGGAUGCACCCCUUUCUGGCCGUCUAUGACCUUCAGCCUCUGAAAAUGCACCCCUUGGUGUUUGCUCCUGGGGUUCCUGUCACAGCCCAGGUGGUGGGCACUGAGAGAUACACCAGUGGAUCCAAGGUGGGAACCUGCACUCUGUAUUCUGUCCGCUUGACUCAUGGCAACUUUACCUGGACAACCAAGAAGAAGUUCCGUCAUUUCCAGGAGCUGCAUCGGGACCUCCUGAGACACAAAGUCUUGAUGAGUCUGCUCCCUCUGGCUCGGUUUGCUAUUGCCUACCCUCCAGCCCAAGAGGCAGCUAAUAGAGAGAUGCCCUCUCUACCCCGAGCAGGUCCUGAGGGCUCCACCAGACAUACAUCCAGCAAACAGAAAUAUCUGGAGAAUUACCUCAACUGCCUCCUGACCAUGUCUUUCUACCGCAACUACCAUGCUAUGACAGAGUUCCUGGAAGUCAGUCAGCUCUCCUUUAUCCCAGACCUUGGCUCCAAAGGACUGGAGGGGGUGAUCCGGAAGCGCUCAGGUGGCCACCGAGUUCCUGGCCUUACCUGCUGUGGCCGAGACCAAGUGUGUUAUCGCUGGUCCAAGAGGUGGCUGGUGGUGAAGGACUCCUUCCUGCUGUACAUGUGCCUUGAGACCGGCGUCAUCUCAUUUGUUCAGCUCUUCGACCCUGGCUUUGAAAUACAGGUGGGGAAAAGGAGCACAGAGGCACAGUAUGGGGUCCGGAUCGACACUUCCCACAGAUCCCUGAUUCUCAAGUGCAGCAGCUACCGGCAGGCUCGGUGGUGGGGCCAGGAGAUCACUGAGCUGGCCCAGGGCCCGGGCAAAGACUUCAUACAGCUGCACCGGCAUGACAGCUAUGCUCCACCCCGGCCUGGGACGUUGGCCCGGUGGUUUGUGAAUGGGGCAGGUUACUUUGCUGCUGUGGCAGAUGCCAUCUUGAGAGCUCAAGAGGAGAUUUUCAUCACAGACUGGUGGUUGAGUCCUGAGAUUUACCUGAAGCGUCCAGCCCAUUCAGAUGACUGGAGACUGGACCUUAUGCUCAAGAAGAAGGCGGAGGAGGGUGUGCGUGUGUCUAUAUUGCUGUUCAAGGAAGUGGAGUUGGCCUUGGGCAUCAACAGUGGCUACAGCAAGAGGGCCCUGAUGCUGCUGCACCCCAACAUAAAGGUGAUGCGCCACCCAGACCAGGUGACGCUGUGGGCCCAUCAUGAGAAGCUCCUGGUGGUGGACCAAGUAGUGGCCUUCUUGGGGGGGCUGGACCUUGCCUAUGGACGCUGGGAUGACCUGCACUACCGACUGACUGACCUGGGGGACUCCCCCAAAUCACCUGCCCCACAGUCUUUCAGUGUUCCUAUCUUCUCUUUGGCCCUGGCUCUGUAUGGCCCUCACAACCUCUCCUUGCCCCUGGCUUGGGUGUGUUCCCCCUACAGCCCCCCGCCCCAUGCUCAGACUCUCCAGACACCCCAGACCUCUCUCACAACCAACUCUUCUGGCUGGGCAAGGACUACAGCAAUCUUAUCACUAAGGACUGGGUGCAAUUGGACAGGCCAUUUGAGGUGUCCCCAGGAGACUAUCCCUGACCUCUCCCCAGAUUUCAUCGACAGGGAGACCACACCCCGGAUGCCAUGGCGGGACAUUGGGGUGGUCGUCCAUGGCCUACCUGCCCGAGAUCUUGCCCGGCACUUCAUCCAACGCUGGAACUUCACCAAGACUACCAAGGCUAAAUACAAAACCCCCACGUACCCCUUCCUGCUGCCCAAGUCCAUCAGUACUGCAAACCAGCUGCCCUUCGUGCUCCCAGGGGGGCAGUGCGCCACUGUGCAGGUCUUGCGGUCAGUGGACCGCUGGUCAGCAGGGACCUUGGAGAACUCCAUCCUCAAUGCCUACCUGCACACCAUCAGGGAGAGCCAGCACUUCCUCUACAUUGAGAAUCAGUUCUUCAUUAGCUGCUCAGAUGGGCGUACAGUUCUGAACAAAGUGGGUGAUGAGAUUGUGGACAGAAUCCUGAAGGCCCACAAACAGGGGCAGUGCUUCCGAGUCUAUGUGCUUUUGCCCCUGCUCCCAGGUUUUGAGGGCGACAUCUCCACAGGUGGCGGUAAUGCCAUCCAGGCCAUUCUGCACUUCACUUACAGGACCCUGUGCCGUGGGGAAUAUUCAAUCCUACAUCGCCUCAAAGCAGCCAUGGGGACAGCAUGGCAGGACUAUAUGUCCAUCUGUGGGCUUCGCACGCACGGAGAGCUGGCCGGGCAUCCAGUCUCAGAGCUCAUCUAUAUUCACAGCAAGAUGCUCAUUGCAGAUGACCGGACAGUCAUCAUUGGCUCCGCGAACAUCAAUGACCGGAGCUUGCUGGGGAAGCGGGACAGUGAGCUGGCUGUGCUGAUCGAGGACACAGAGAUGGAGCCAUCCCUCAUGGACGGUGGGGCCUAUCAGGCGGGCAGGUUUGCCUUGAGUUUGCGGAAGCAUUGCUUCAGUGUGAUUCUUGGGGCAAGUGCCCGGCCAGACCUGGAUCUCCGAGACCCUGUCUGUGAUGACUUCUUCCAGUUGUGGCAAGACACAGCUGAGAGCAAUGCCAAUAUCUAUGAGCAGAUCUUCCGCUGUCUUCCAUCCAAUGCCACACGCUCCCUGCGGGCACUCCGGGAAUACGUGGCUGUGGAACCCCUUGCCAUGGUCAGUCCUCCUCUGGCCCAGUCUGAGCUCACCCAGAUCCAGGGCCACCUGGUCCACUUCCCCCUCAAGUUCCUGGAGGAUGAGUCGUUGCUGCCCCCCCUGGGUAGCAAGGAGGGUGUGAUGCCCCUAGAAGUGUGGACGUAGCUGCGGCUCCAGCCUGCUAGAGGUCACCAGCCACUGGGCUCCACUGAGCCUGCCUCCCUGCUCCCUAGCCCCGAGGACUGAGGGCAGUGCCCUUUGAGACAUGGGGAUGGCAGGCAGCCUUGAAGGGGACGAGAGAAGUCACAGAGGACCCUUUCUUGAGAAGCAGCCAACAAGAACACUCCCAACUCUGGGCCGGGGAGGCAGGAGAGAGUCCCAGGAAGCUCAUCCUCCAUGGUGCCCAGUUCAAACCUCUGUUACAGAGAAGCGACACUCUUGCCAGGAUGCCUGGGGCCAUUUGUACUCCUAGAGGAGCAGGCUCUGACCUGCGCCUUCCAUCUCUCCAUCCUUCCUGCUGUCCUGGAACCCCUUCCUGCCCCAGGGCCUCUCCCCACCCAUUACUGCCAAGGUGGAGGGAAGGAUGAAGCCACUCCUGGCUUCAGCCCCCUGCACCUCCCCGCCGUCGGGAGGUAUGGGGUGGGGGUAGCACACUAACUCCCUCCACCAACCUACCAACAGACACUAAUUUUGUAUCAGUUCAGUAAGCAUUUCAUAAAUAAAAGCAUAGAAAAGG